CUAGAACACAUGUUUACUGGCAUCUCUGACUGCCCUAGACCUGAGCACCACCAGCCCUCCGCGUACCCCACAGCACAUUACCUCACCACAGAGGGUACUGCUUGCUCUCCUCACAGCCAUGUCAUCAUCCCAGCGAGUGGCACUGGUGACCGGGUCCAACAAGGGCAUCGGCUUCGUCAUCGCGCGUGACCUGUGCCGGCAGUUCUCAGGGGACGUGGUGCUCACGGCGCGGGACGAGGCGCGGGGCCGCGCGGCCGUGCAGCAGCUCCAGGCCGAGGGCCUGAGUCCCCGCUUCCACCUGCUGGACAUCGACGACCUGCAGAGCAUCCGCGCCCUGCGCGACUUCCUGCGCAGGGAGUACGGGGGCCUGGACGUGCUGGUCAACAACGCGGGCAUCAUAUUCAAGCCUGGUGACACCACACCCUUUCAUAUUCAAGCAGAAGUGACCAUGAAAACAAACUUCUUUGGUACCCAAGAUGUGUGCAGAGAACUCCUGCCUCUAAUGAAACCCCAAGGCAGGGUGGUGAAUGUGGCUAGCAUAAUGGGCUUCGUAGCCCUUAAAAAUUGCAGUCCAGAACUCCAGCAGAAGUUUAUGAGUGAGACCAUCACAGAAGAGGAGCUGGGGGUGCUCAUGAACAAGUUUGUGGAAGACGUAAAGAACGGGGUGCACAAGGAGGAGGGCUGGCCUGAUAUACAAGAAGUCCUAUAUGGAGUGUCCAAAAUGGGCAUCGUGGUCCUCUCCAGAAUCCAUGCCAGGAAACUGAGUGAGCAGAGGAAAGAAGACAAGAUCCUCCUGAACGCCUGCUGCCCUGGGUGGGUGAGAACAGACAUGGGUGGACCGAAAGCCAUCAAAAGCCCAGAAGAAGGAGCAGAGAUUCCUGUCUACUUGGCCCUUUUGCCCUCCGAUGCUGAGAAACCUCAGGGAGAGAUGAUUAUAGAGAAGAAAGUUGAAAAAUGGGGAAUCCUCUCUCAGUUCCCUUCAUGGGUCCCCAUUUGAUAUCUGCCAUAAUUUGACCAAAACAACUCUUACACCAUCAACAAUAGCCUUACCAAAAAAAAAAAAAAAAAUCACCAUCCCUAUUGGGUACUCACACUGAAUUGGCUACUAAUUCUGUAAAGUCUUCUGAGAUUUAUUCUGUGAUAUAAAAUAAAAAGUAUGACUCUGGGAAACAAACUGAGGGUUUCAGAGGGGAAGGGGGAGUGGGGAUGGGGUAGCCAGUGAUGGAUACUAAGAAGGGCACGUGUUGUGAUGAGCACUGAGUGUUAUAUGCAAGUAAUGAAUCAUUGAACACUACAAAAUAAAUAAAUAAAUAAAUAGAUAAACUUUUAAAAAAGAGAUAAAGUAGAAUUGAUGUCAAUAAUGGAUGAACAUUAUAGAUGAAUAAACAAUCUAAGUGCCAAUAUGUACAAAUCGUUUCAUGCCAACAAGUCUAAAACUCCAACAGACCCUAAACCAUGUCAAGAGAAGGGACAAUUUAACUCAAGACUUUGUAAACAUCAGUGAAAGAGCCAGAUAGUAAGUAUUUUUGCCUUUACAGGCCAAUGGUUUUUGUUGGAAUAACUCAAAUCUGCUGUUGUAGCUUGAGAGUCGCCACAGAUGAUAUAUUAAUUCAUGAAUGGGGCUGAAUUUCCCUGCCCCACAUACUUUAUCAGACUCCACUAUAACAUGGACAACCCCAUGAAGGAUAGACAUCCCCUGUUGUCUCUUUAAAUUUCAAAUUCACUGGGGGAAAAAUAAUUAAGAGGUGUGAAAUGGAAGUGGGCACCUCUCAAACUCAACACCCAAAAAACAAGUAAGUCAAACAGUGGGCAGAAGACAUGAACAGACAUUUCUCCGAAGAAGACAUACAAAUGGCUAACAGAUACAUGAAAAUAUGUUCAUCAUCAUUAGCCAUCAGUGAAAUUCAAAUCAAAACCACAUUGAGAUGCCAGUUAGAAUGGCAAAGAUUAACAAAGCAGGAAACAAAAAAUGUUGGAGAGAAUGUGGAGAAAGGGGAACCCUCCUACACUGUUUGUGGGAUUGCAAGCUGGUACAGACACUUUGGAAACAGUGUGGCAGUUCUUCAAAAAACUACAAAUCGAGCUACCCUAUGACCCAGCAAUUGCACUACUGGGUAUUUAUCCCCAAAGAUACAGAUGUAGUAAAAGAAGGGGCACAUGCACUCCAAUGUUCACAGCAGCAAUGUCCAAAAUAGCCAAACUGUGGAAGGAGCUGAGAUGCCUUUCAACAGAUGAAUGGAUAAAGAAGAUAUGGUCCAUACUGAUAAUGGAGUAUUACUUAACCAUUGGAAAGGAUGAAUACCCACCAUUUACAUGACAUUGGUGGAACUGGAGGGGAUUAUGCUAAGUGAAGUAGGUCAAGCAGAGAAAGACAAUUAUCAUAUGGUUUCACUUAUUUGUGGAACAUAAAGAAUAGCAUGGAGGACAUUAGAAGGAAGGGAAAAAUGAAGGGGGGGAAUCAGAGGAGGAGAUGAACCAUGGGAGACUAUGGACUCUGGGAAAUAACCUGAAGGUUUCAGAGGGUAGGGGGAUGGGAUGGGUUAGCCUGUUGAUGAGUACUAAGGAGGGCAUGUACUGCAAAGAGCACUGGG